AAAAAUAAUGACAGAAGUAAUGUCAAUGUUGUCAAAUAACGAACAAUAAAGUAAAUAGAGAAUGAAAAACAUUCAUGUUCAUAUUGAAGAAAAAUCAAUAAUUUUCAUCUCCAACAGUAACUGCAAUCAACAACAAACGGAAUUGGUACGUAAUGAAUUGACAAUUGAUAAAACUUGGUGAGAGAAUGUUAGAAAUGGACGUUAGAACCCAAAAAUUGGAACACCAAAGACAGUUAAUGGAACAAAAGAUGAAGCAAAAGCGAUUGACCUCUGGCAUGAUACAAAUUUCUGAUAUACAUAACGACUCUGCUAAAACGAGGAGUAACAGUGUCUCCCAGAGAGAACUGCACGGUUAUGAUGGUCCACUUCAGUAUUUAAUGAGUAGAGACAACAACCCUGAUCAUGUAAUAUCAAUAUUGCCCAGCAGUGGUAGUAUGGAUGAAACUACUAUAGAAGAUUUAACCAAUAAUACUUCUACUGAUUUAAUGGAUAUAGAGGAUGAUGAGUCUUCUCCAGUUGCUUCGACUCCCAAUGAUAACGGGAAUGUACCUAUUAAUCCAGCUGUUGACAAACCAAGUUUUAUUCAUCAAGUUAGUGGGCAGGCUUUGGAAACAGAAGGCGAUAUCGAAGGCAAUGUAGAAAAGUUUGUCUUGGAACCUGCUCAGCUGAAGGUACUUUACAAGUGUCGCAUUACUAGGGAUAGGAAAGGGAUGGAUCGAGGCUUCUAUCCGACAUACUACCUGCACUUGGAAAAAGACUAUGGCAAAAAGGUGUUUUUGCUGGCUGCAAGGAAACGGAAAAAGAGUGCCACCAGUAAUUAUCUGAUAUCAACAGAUCCCACAGAUUUAAGUAGGGGAGGGGAGUCUUUUGUUGGCAAAUUGCGUUCUAACCUGCUAGGCACCCAGUUCACAGUGUUCGAUAAUGGGGUCUCGCCUCGUAAGUCGAAUCUCAAAGAGGGGAUCCUGCCAAGGCAGGAACUCGCCUCUGUCAUUUACGAUACUAAUGUUUUGGGAUUCAAAGGACCUCGUAAAAUGACCGUCAUCAUACCUGGGAUGGCGGAUGAACGGAGAGUGACGAUAUAUCCGCAGGACGAGAGCGAAGGUCUUAUCGAGUCUUGGAAGGCUAAAAAUAUGGAUUCCAUUAUUGAGCUCCACAAUAAAACGCCAGUCUGGAAUGACGACACACAAUCGUACGUUCUAAACUUUCAUGGCAGAGUGACACAGGCUUCUGUCAAAAAUUUCCAAAUCGUUCAUGACAGUGACGCCGACUAUGUUGUUAUGCAGUUCGGCCGGGUAGCAGAAGACGUUUUCACCAUGGACUACAGGUAUCCCCUGUGUUCCUUGCAGGCAUUUGCCAUCGCCCUCAGCAGUUUCGACAGCAAGUUAGCUUGUGAGUAAGCUAACAAUAUAAGGUUUUGACAAUGUGCCUCGAGAAACAAUGAAAAUUCAAGCUUAUAGCAUGGUGAGCAUUCUCGUAGCUUGUUAGAAUUUUUUAUAACAUGUACAAUUGUACUACUCCACUCACAAAAUGUUUAUUGUUUUUUGGUAAUGAAAUGUUCGUCAUUCAAUUGCAAGUUGGAGUGGCAAUUUUUACAGAAAUAUUAUCUCUAUUAUUUAUCAACUUCAUCAUGUAAAUGCUAUAAAAGUAGAAGAUUUAUAUAGUAAUAAAUGAAGGUUCUUCAAUCUUAAAGUA